AUGGCGAACACACCACCAGAGAAGCCCGCCCUCGUCAGAAUCCUCCAAGACCGAGGAGGGCCAGGCAACCAUCAAGAUGAGCAGCCUAAGAAGGUUUCAUCUGCUAAGUCAUUGUUUCGAGUCUUUGCAUACGGAAGCACGACGGAUUACGUUCUGCAAGCGAUCGGCUUAAUUGGGGCUAUUGUAUCUGGCAUUGCGCUCGCGAUGGUUAAUGUCGUUCUCGGACAAUUUAUCUCUCUUCUCACUGAUUUCACCACCACUGGUAACGUUCCUGACGGCUUCAUGCCUGCCGUACGAAAGACCGCCGUAAACUUUGUCUAUAUCGGCAUUGUGCGAUUUGUAUCGACCUAUCUUUAUGCCUCUCUUCUCACCUAUGUUGCAUAUCACUUGACUCGCAACGUUCGACGUACCUAUCUCAAGGCCGCUUUUAGCCAGGAAAUCGCAUUCUUUGAUCGCGGUAUGACCGGAUCAGUUGCAAUGCAAGCCACAUCAAAUGGCAAACUUAUCCAAUCAGGCAUAGCGGAGAAAAUGGGUAUCUUCGUCCAGUCGGUUGCUACAUUUGUUGCUGCAUUUGCCAUUGCGUUCAUCAGCCAUUGGAAACUGACGCUCAUCCUAUUGUGUCUUGUUCCAGCACUCCUUCUAACGGUUGGCACCCUUUCUGUUCCCGAUGCCAAGAUUGAAACCCGAAUUUUGAAGAUUCAGGCCAUGGCAGGUGGUUAUGCCGAAAGUAUCUUGGCAGGCAUUCGCACUAUUCAUGCUUUUAGUCUUCGAACACGAGUAGUCGCCAAAUUCGAUACAUACCUCGACGAUGUCCUUCGGGAAGGAAAGAAGAAGAAUCUUCUCUACGGUGUAAUGUUUGGUGGAGAGUACUUCAUCAUGAUCGCUGGCAUGGGCUUGGCUUUCUGGCAGGGAAUUGGCAUGAUUACUAGAGGCGAAGUAACAAAUAUUGGUAAAGUGUUUACAGUCCUUUUUUCGGUUGUCAUCGCCGCAAGUACUAUCAGCACCAUUGCUCCUCAUUUCGUCGUCUUUGGGCGUGCCGCAUCAGCAGCGGCUGAAUUGUUUACGCUUGUCGAUCGAGAAUCCGAAAUCAACCCCUUUGACGAAUCAGGAGAUAAAAUUGAGGCCCCUAUUGGUGUCAUUAACCUCCAGAGUAUAGAAUUUGCUUACCCCACACGUCCGAACACCCGCGUCCUGCAGGAAUUUACCUUGAAUAUACCUGCAGGCAAAGUCACUGCUCUUGUUGGACCUAGUGGCUCAGGGAAAAGUACUAUCAUUGGACUUCUUGAGAGAUGGUAUAACCCCAAUGCGGGAUCCAUCACUUUAGAUGGCAAGGAUAUCAAGGAACUGAACCUGUCAUGGCUACGCACCAAUGUUCGUCUUGUUCAACAAGAACCUGUGCUUUUCAACGGAACCGUCUUUGAAAACAUUGUCAACGGCCUAGUCGGAACACCGUGGCAAAACUCUUCACGUGAAGAGCAAAUGACCAAGGUUCAAAAGGCAGCCACUACUGCAUUUGCCCACGAGUUCAUCAAAACCCUACCGAAUGGUUAUGACACACGGAUCGGUGAAAGAGGCGGUCUUCUUUCUGGUGGUCAGAAGCAGAGGAUAGCAAUUGCCCGAAGCAUUAUUUCCGAUCCCAAAAUCCUGCUACUUGACGAAGCUACCAGUGCAUUAGAUCCUCAUGCGGAAGGUGUUGUGCAGCAGGCGUUAGAUAACGCGUCACGAAAUCGUACGACUAUUGUGAUUGCUCACAAGCUGGCAACCAUUCGAAACGCCGAUAACAUUGUUGUAAUGUCGAAAGGAAGGAUUAUGGAACAGGGAAAACACCAUGACCUUGUACAAAAGAACGGAAUUUACGCUAUGCUAGUGCGAGCUCAAGACCUUUCUCCUCAUCCAACUCAAACCAGGGCAAGCCAAGAAAAGGAAGAUAGCAGUUCGACAAUGGGCGAUGAUGUUGAACCCAUCCAAUCACUUGCUAAGAUGGAGACAUUCGAGGCUGAGCAUGCUGAAAUGAUGAAGAAUCGGGAAGAUCAUGAUCAGUUCAAACACCUCGGCCUCAUUCACAGCAUUCUCAGACUUGUUGCUCUAACACCUGAGCUGAAGUUCUGGUACGCUAUUACCGUGAUAGCAUGCACUGCUGGAGCCGCUGUUUACCCUGGACAGGCUGUGUUGCUUGGAAAGAUCAUGGGCGUCUUUUCUAGCCCAGAUAUACAGUCACGCGGAAACUUCAUUUCACUCAUGUUCUUUGUGCUGGCGCUGGGCUGUCUUGUUGUCUUUUUUGUGCUGGGUUGGUCCACAAAUGUCAUUGCCCAGACAUUAAACAUCAAGCUUCGUAGAGAGAUGCUUGAUCUUGUUCUUCGACAGGACCUGCGAUUUUUCGAUAGACCCGAGAAUACCGUUGGCGCUCUAAUUAGUCGACUUGACUCUUACCCCCAGGCCGUGCUUGAGCUCAUGGGUUUUAAUGUGGCGCUGAUGGUACUUUCAGCUAUCAAUAUUGUUGCGUCAGCCGUCCUCGCACUGGUAGUUUCAUGGAAGCUAGGCCUCGUGGGAGUAUUCGCUGGCAUGCCACCUAUGAUCUUAUCCGGUUAUGCACGUAUAAGACUGGAGACAAAGAUGGAUUCCGAUAUGGGCAAGAGAUUCUCUGCCAGCUCUGCUAUGGCGUCUGAAUCUGUCACAGCUAUUCGAACGGUCUCGUCUCUAGCCAUCGAAGAAAUUAUUCUGGAGAAAUAUACACAUGAGCUAGAUGAGGCUAUCCGGCAAACAGCACCGUCUAUGUUUCAUAUGAUGAUUUGGUUUUCUUUUACUCAGUCCGUGGAGUAUUUUGUUUUGGCUCUUGGAUUUUGGUGGGGUUCUAAGCUUAUCUACAACGGCGAAAUCAAUUUUUACCAAUUAAUGGUUUCUUUCAUGGGUGUCUAUUUUUCUGGACAGGCAUCAGCACAGAUGUUCAGCUUUGCGAGCAGCUUCACCAAGGCAAACCAAGCGGCCAACUACUUCUUCUGGCUUUCUGAGCUUGAACCGACAAUUCGCGAGACACAAGAAAACAAGGAAAAGGGGCCUCCAAAUGGCUGCACGUCGUAUGGCUUCAAUGACAUACAAUUUUCGUACCCUCUGGCUCCAGAUAACCGUGUCCUUAAAGGGGUUUCUCUUGAGAUCAAUGCAGGCGAGUUUGUCGCCUUUGUUGGUGCUUCAGGUUGUGGUAAAAGCACAAUGAUCUCUCUACUCGAGAGAUAUUAUGACCCAAUUAGUGGUACUAUCACAAUUGAUGAUUCUGCUUCACUUUCCUCGAUCAACCCGUUGAUAUACCGGAGACACGUUUCGCUUGUACAGCAGGAGCCUAUGCUUUUCCCGGGGUCUAUCAGGGAAAACAUAUCCCAGGGGUUGGACAUCGAUGGCUCCGACCCAGUUCCAGAUGCAGUGCUUGAGGAAGCUUGCCGGGCCGCCAAUGCGUGGGACUUUGUCUCUUCGUUGCCCGAAGGUCUCGAUACGCCCUGCGGCAAUAGUGGUAGCCAGCUGUCUGGUGGGCAACGUCAGCGUAUAGCGAUUGCCAGAGCACUAGUGCGAAAGCCUAAUGUUAUCUUGCUAGAUGAGGCGACAAGUGCACUCGACACUGAGUCUGAACGCAUUGUACAAGCUGCUCUGAUGGAAGCUGCCUCUACUGGUAAUCGAAUCACGGUGGCUGUCGCACAUAGGUUGUCUACCGUCCGAGAGGCUGACCGUAUCUUUGUCUUCUAUGGGGGCCGAAUUGUAGAGACUGGUACACACAGCGAGAUGAUUACACGAAACGGUAUGUAUGCCAAGAUGUGCGAAGCCCAGAAGCUUGAUCAAAGUACAUGA